AUGUACCGCAACCCCGAAAUCGUCAACGCCGUGCAUCAACGGAGAGUAGUUGGAACGCCGGCCCAAAUUCCAUGGCCGAGGCGCGCCGUCUCGCGGAGCAGCAGCGUGCUCGCCGACCUCGACUCGAAGGCAAUAACAAACCAGAGUGUUAACAAGAGCCCAAACCUGCCCUCUAAGCGGCAAGUCAACCCUCUCAACGCAGAUCAGCGCAAACGAUUUGCCGCCGGUGAGUGCCAAGCCCGCGUCGCUCGACUCGUGCCAUUGCUACUAGAACACAUCUCACCAUGGAACUCAAGUUCCAAGAUUAUCUUGCGGUGUGUGGCGGCCGCUCGCCGACACCCGUGGAUCGCCACGUGGCCGCUAGACCCGUCACAGUCCACGCAGUUCCCCGGCCUGGGCGUGAUUUUAGUCGAGCUGUAG